AUGCAGGCGUUCGGGCAGCCGCCCGCGGCCGCGCAGCCCCGCGCGCAGCAGCUGCUGCAGGCGACGGCGGGCGGCGACCCCUACGCGCCGCACCGCGCCCCCCCGCCGCCGCCGCCGCCGCCCUACCUGUGGCUCGACGGCGCCGCCGCGCCGCCCGCCCCCUACGCGCCCGCGCAGCGCCCGCUCCCGGCCGCGGCCGCCGGCGCGGGGGGCUCGGAGCUGGGCUGGCUGGCGCUGCCCGGGCCGCGGGAGCUGCUGGGCGCCGCGCGUCCGCCCUACUCCUACUCGGCGCUGAUCGCCAUGGCCAUCCAGAGCGCGCCCGACGGCCGCCGCACCCUGCGCCAGAUCUACCGCUACGUGGCCGACGCCUUCCCCUUCUACCAGCGCAGCCGCGCCGGCUGGCAGAACUCCAUCCGCCACAACCUCUCGCUCAACGACUGCUUCAGGAAGGUGCCCCGCGCCGAGGACGACCCAGGCAAAGGCAGCUACUGGACCCUGGACCCCGACUGCGGGAAGAUGUUCGACAACGGCAACUUCAGGAGGAAGAGGAGGCGGCGCCCCGACGCCGCCGCGCCCGACCCGGCCGCCCAGGCCCCCCCCUGCGCCCGGGCGCGGCCCGACGUGUGAGCGCCGCCGGGGGGGCCCGACGGGGCGGCCUCCCCGCGCCCGCCCGCGGCUUCUUCUCGUCCCCAGGCUUUAAAUCAAAGCGCCUUUUUGGGUGCCCCCCCGCCCCGGAAUCGCGGCCGGCGCGGCCGCCCCGUCGGGCCGGCAAACUCCGCACCGGCGGGGCGAAACCGCCGGCGGGAGCUGAAAAUGCAAAAAGCGGCGGGUUGGUGGUGGUGGUGGGGGGGGGGGGAUUUUUUUCUCCUUUUUGGCCAGAAGCGCUGACGAGCCCGCGGGGGGCACCGACGGGGCGGGGGGCGCUCGGGCCCCCGCACUGCCAGCCGGGGCUCGGCGGAGCUGCCGCGGCGCCGGGGGGACCGAGGGGCCGAGGGAGGACAGAGGCUCGUGGGGACCCCCGGCCCGCGCUCUGCCACGGCGUUUCUCAGUAAUAAUAAAUAAAAAAACCUUUCUUUUC